AGUCUCGCUUGACACGCGCCGUGAUUUCCGAAUAAUUUGGAGAACGAUAUUCGAAAUUUCUUUUUACGUUUUUUUUUGUUUUCUUAUUUUUCAUUUUCUCCAUCAUCGAAAAUUCUCCGUCGAAUAUCGUAUCUUAUCCGACACUCUCUUUCUCUCUCUCUUUCUCUUUUUCUCAAGAGAGAGAGAGAAAAAGAGAAAAAACAAAAAAGAAAGAAAAGAUAGAUAAAUAAAUAAAUAGAUAAAUAAAAAUGAUUAAAGAAGUUAAUACGAGGAACAAUUCGUUCCAUAUGAAAAGUGAAAACAUUUUCAACGACGAGGAAUAUUUAAGAAAAUCUCAUUUAGAACAGGAGCAACAUUUCAGGAAAUAUCGUUUCAAACAUAUGAAGCAGUUUCCCGAACUCUAUAGAAGCGACGUAUCGAUUCAUCCCAGUUACACGAAGCUCAAAGAUUUACCUUAUCAAGUCGUCUGUCGUCAACGUUUGCAAAAUAUCAGAAAACAAAUAUCACGUCAACUAAAUCGUGAGAUUAUGAAUAUUGCGAUGAUACAAUUAUUCGCCCUGGAUGGUAUAAGGAUCGAUCGAAUUUUUAGCGUCGGGAUGUCACCAAGGAUUACGAUCGUCCCAGAUUUCGCGACGGAGAAGGAACGUCGACGUAUCGAAGAGAUAUUGCAGUAUUGAUAAGUAAACGAUUAAUAACGUGCGUGCGUGUAUAGAUGUACGUAUGCGUAUGUCAUAUAUAUCUUUCUUGUCUAUUGUUAUGGAUCACGUAGACGCACACACAAAGCAAAAAUAAAUGACCUUUAUAUACCAGCAAUCGAUUACUUGUCAUUCAAAUACAAUUAUAUUCAUCGCUAACCGUACUCUACUUUCGUCCUUGAAAAUACGCUUCCGCCUACAUAAUUUUCUCUCCUCUCAGCUGUUUCGUUGUA